GACGUCAUAUCCACGCGCUGGCUGAAGGGGAUCUUACCGUUUAUCUGCACGUUGAUUUUUUGGGGGGUUUCUUACCUGCUAGCAGCUAAUUUUUCAGCGUCGGUUUUGUUCUGGAAAUAUCCCCGAAAUGUCAGAAAUGUCUGUGACUGAGAUGUUCAGCUACAUCCAGGGCUUUUUGAGCGCCGACCAGGACGUCAGAGAGGAUAUCCGUAAGGUGGUCCAGAAUUUGGAGCAGACUGCCAGGGAAAUCCUAACUGUGCUUCAAAGUGUCCACCAGCCUUCUGGGUUCAAAGAGAUUCCCAGUAAAUGUGCCAAGGCAAGAGAGCUGUUCUGCACUGUGAGGAGUCAACUGUCUGAGCUCAAAACAAAAUUCCCUGUGGAGCAGUAUUACAGGUUCCACGAACACUGGCGGUUUGUCCUGCAGCGGUUGGCCUUCUUAGCAGCCUUUGCUGUCUACCUGGAAAGUGAAAACCUUGUCACACGGGAGGAGGUGGCUCAGAUACUUGGAAUCGAGGUUGUGCGAGAGAAGGGCUUUCAUCUGGAUAUUGAAGAUUUUCUAGCAGGAGUGCUGAUUAUGGCUAGUGAACUGUCGCGGUUAGCAGUGAACAGUGUCACUGCAGGAGACUACAGCCGGCCGCUCCGCAUCUCCAACUUCAUCAAUGAGCUGGACUCCGGCUUCCGUCUGCUCAACCUGAAGAACGACCCGCUGCGGAAGCGGUAUGACGGUCUGAAGUACGACGUGAAGAAGAUCGAAGAGGUGGUCUAUGACCUGUCCAUACGCGGUCUGGCCAAGGAGUCGGAAUCAGGCGGAAACUAGUAGAACAUGGAGGUUUGUUGGUUUGCUGUCGGAGCAGGAGGAGGAGUGUGGCAGCUUCCUCCAGCUGGGACCUCUGCAGGAUUGUUGCAGGUUGGAGAACCUUUCCCCAUCUGGAAGUUACAGACCCAGGAAUCUGCCUGGGGUCCCCAGCAGCCAAAGACAGACUGUAUGAUGGUGUGUCUGUGUAUGCGUGCUAAUGUUUCAGCAUGUAUUUGUGCAAAUGCAUGCAGGAGCGGUGGUUAAGAUGGAUGUCAGUCUGUCAGAGAGGCAGCAGAGGCGGUAAAGGAUCUCAGCAUUCCAUUUCAGAAAAUCACGACUACAGGUUCUGUUUGUUGCAAGUUUUGGAAAUGUGUUCUCGCCUUGUUACAGCGCCAUUUGGAUUCACAGUUCAGAGUCAUGUUGUAAAUUAAAGUGAACACUGUUGGCUUCAACCAGUUUCUGGAUUAAAUUUUAUUUCUUUUGUUGACUUGUUAAAUUUGUCAAAGCUGUUUGCUGCAGGGUUUGGUUGCUAGUCAUCAUAAAGCUUUUCAACCAGACGCUCAUCCAAACUGGGUUCCUAAAGCCACAUUUAUGAAGCAAGUUUUUACACAAGUUUAAAUUUCAGUGUUUAUAAAAUAGAUAACUGUUUUUGUCACAUUAUUGGUUUUUUUUUUAUUUUUUUUAUUCUGAUUGAUAACAUACCUACUUUACGGAUGAUAUUGAAAAAGUGAGAAGCAAAAUAAUUUACAGUUAAUUUCAACAUUUAAAACUAGUUAAAUCACCUUUAUUUAGGAAACUGUUGGAUUUUGUGCUACGAAAAUAUUGUUGAGACAUAUUUGUAGUUUUGAUUUGUAAAAAGUGGUGG